UGCUAUUUUUUGAAGAUCCAAGGGCCAAGAUGUGGCUGCUUUUCCUUCGUGAUCAAGCAUCUAUUUUCAACAGAACAGUUAAAGCAGUGGAAAGCGACAAUAUUAAUGCAAUGGAAGUUGGGCAUGCACUCAAUUCUUUUGUCCAAUCGUUCGAAUCUCGGAAAAAAAGCAUUUUUGUCCGCUACAGUGCAAAAGGAAAUGGAACAUAUUCUGCUGUUGACGAAAGAGUGUCAAAAGAAGAGAUGCAAGAUCUCUCACGUCAAUUCUAUGAAUCAUGUAUAAAAUAUAUUGAAAAGUGGAAAGAACAAUUUGACCAUAUUAUGAUUUUCGCCUGGUGUGCUCUUGAUCAACCACCGAAAUGGAAGUUUAUCGAAACCACCGCGAAGUACAGUGCAACCAAUAACCAUUUUGAUCUGGAAUCAUCCGAUACUGAUUUAUUCGAUCAGUUCACGUAUUUGGAAAGAUACGUAACCGAAGAGAAAAUCCAAUCGUGGGAAGAAAAUGGUACUGCCACCGAUCAACGCUGGGCACAUCAGCCACCGUUGAACGAGUAUUUUCUCUGA